CAGUCUUUAUCUAUUCCACUCCGCUCAACUUCACACUAUAACGACUCCAUCUCUAUAAAGCCCUGCCUUUUCAAUCCAUACACACACACAUAUAUAUAUGUACCAUCCUUAACCUUCAAUUGACUUUUCGUUCCCAAUAUAUAACUUAACACCGAAAGAGAGAGUGAGUGAAGGAGAAUCAUAUGGGUUCAGUGUCGGAGACCGUUUGUGUCACCGGGGCAUCCGGCUUCAUCGGUUCGUGGCUCGUCAUGAGACUGCUGGAGCGCGGCUACACUGUUCGGGCCACCGUGCGCGACCCUGGUAACGUGAAGAAGGUGAAGCAUUUGCUGAAGCUGCCAAAAGCCGACGUGCAACUUACUCUGUGGAAGGCCGAUCUUGCCCACGAGGGAAGCUUCGACGACGCCAUCAACGGCUGUGCCGCAGUUUUCCAUGUCGCCACUCCUAUGGAUUUCGAAUCCAAAGAUCCUGAGAAUGAAGUGAUAAAACCAACGAUCAAUGGUUUAAUAAGCAUCAUGAAAGCAUGCCUCAAGGCCAAAACUAGAAGAUUGAUAUUCACAUCCUCCGCCGGAACCGUUGAUGUCACGGAGCACCAAAAACCUGUGUUCGACGAGACUUGCUGGAGUGAUGUCGAGUUCUGUCGCAGAGUAAAGAUGACUGGUUGGAUGUAUUUCGUUUCAAAGACGCUUGCAGAGCAAGAGGCAUGGAAGUUUGCCGAAGAGCAUAGCAUGGAUUUCAUCUCUAUAAUUCCUCCUCUCGUGGUUGGCCCGUUUCUCAUGGAUUCAAUGCCUCCUAGUCUUAUUACCGGCCUUUCUCUCAUCACCGGGAAUGAAGCGCAUUAUUCAAUCAUAAAGCAGGGCCAAUUUGUUCACUUAGAUGACCUUUGUAUGGGUCAUAUAUUCUUGUUAGAGCAUCCUGAAGCAAAAGGAAGAUACAUGUGCUCUUCCCAUGAUGCCACCAUUCAUGACGUUGCAAGAAUGCUUAGUCAAAAAUACCCAGAAUACAAUAUCCCCACCAAGUUUAAGAAUAUACCAGAUGAGUUGGAGAUUAUCCGCUUUUCUUCCAAGAAGAUAAAAGAUUUGGGAUUCCAAUUUAAAUACAGCUUAGAGGACAUGUUCACCGCAGCUGUUGAUACCUGUAGAGAGAAAGGGCUUCUUCCUAAGCCUGCAGAAAUCCCUGUCAAUGGCGCCGCUGAUCAGAAAUGAUUUGGGAUAUGUACCCUCGUGGCGUGUUCGCAGUAGUCUUGGUUCUUCUAUUCAGUUUUUGGUAUUCUAAAUUAUGGUUUGGGAUAUGAGAGUGUGUGUGUGUGGGGUGGUUCCGAAAAUAAGAAUGGCUUAGGACACGAAGAAACUGUUGUUGUCUUCGUCUAACGCUUGGAUUCGUUCCACAUUACUCGAUGCAACUUUGUGUAUUUCUCUUGCUCAAUUUUACUCUUCGGAGAUCGGAUCUUUUCUUGAUUU